CCAAUGUGCACUUCACGGUAGUUGAUCAUGAUUUCGUUAAGGAUUUCCUUGUAUACCUCGAUGAUUUCCUAGAAGUUUUCCGAGUAUACCUGUAUUGUGACGCCAGGGCGUGUUUGUCCGACGGUAUAAACCGGAGAUGUUAAAGAAAGGUUCCGUUACACAUAAUUAUAUUGACAGAGUUGCUUGAUUAUAUUACCUGCGCAGUAGCUCAUUGAAUCAGUGAACGUUGCGAACCUCACGAUCGUGAGAAUGAAGCUCGCGACAUGGUUGUCUAUGCUACUUCUGAUUGGAUCCCCUCUGCCAGGUAAGCCAUCGGUUACGUUCGUUGCCAUGUUUCUUGCUGAAGCACUGCUCUCCUUUGGCGUCGACCAACUUCUAAAUGGGUUAACACCCGAUGACUCUGACAAUGAUCUGGACAGCAUUGUGAACUCACUAUCAAGAAUUGAGAAAAAUAUUCAAGACGUCAAAAUAUCAAUCGAAGAGUUAAAGGAUAUACCAACGCUCUACGAGGCCGAAAAACUUGAAAGACAGCUCUUGGUUUUGUUUCAAGAAGCUGUUACAGUCACUAAGGCGAUAAACAGAAUAGGUAGAGUUUCCAAUUCUAGUGAGCAUCAUGGACAACUUCGGGAUGAAGUAGCUAGAAUGAAGAAUAACCUGAAGAAGAUUCCUACGAUACUGGUUGAACUUCAUUCACUGAUUGUAGGGAACAGUGUGGUUUCUGGAAAGCGCUCUCUGGGUUUGGCAUGCAGCUACAUCCAGUUUACUAUCACGAAACUGCAAACAGUCUCAUCAACAAUCUACAACCUUAACAACAUUCUGAAACAAAUCAACAACCAUAGAGACAGUCUCAUGAGAAUGCAGGUAAAUUCCUUUCAGCUCUACAAUGGCACAUGUAUUGAUAGGGAAGUCAUAUGCAAUGUGCAGAUGGAACAACUUGAAGAUCGCCUAAUAGCUCAAAGUCAGCGAUUCGAAGAGUGCGUACCUCGGAAAGUUGCUCAUCUCGCCCGAAAGUCAAAUCUCGACGAUAUUAACAUCAUCCAUCCCGAAUCUAAACAAGUUCUAUUCAGCACACAACAGGCAUCAAUUAUUGUUGAUGGUGUCAUGGACUGGGAAAAGGUUGACUCGCCACAAGAUGCAGGACUGAAGUGCCCAGAAGGAAACGACAGUGAAAUUUGGUCCUUCCAAACUGCUGCCAUACAUGGGAGAGGUGGAUACUAUCUAAGACAGAAGAGCGGGUGCUACUUAGGUUUUGAUCGUGCUUUUUUAACUUUUGACAAUAUUCUGCCUUUGUUUUGGACACAAUCUGACAGAAUCAACAGAAAGGAAUUUUUAAUUUGUUUACCUCUCAACUCGUCUGAUGUCGCCCGAUUUCUCUUGCUCCCAUCCGCUGCAGAGAUCAACACGACCUAUGACUUGAAAGAAGUAGAGACUGGCGAGUUCUUGAAUGUACACGUCAAGAAGACAAGUGUGCAUGAUGAAAUUGAUCAUCGUCUUAUUUUGGUUCUCUUCCUGAACAAAGAGAAAUCUAAUUCCUGGAUGAUUGUUCAAAGACCCGGAGACAGUCUGCCAUGUACGGAAUCGGGCACCUCGGAUCCGGACGGCCAAGACGGUAGCUAUUUAGCGAUCAUCAUAGUACCAAUAGUAGCAGGUGUUGGACUAAUGCUUUCGGGUCUAUGUAUUUGGUAUAAAUGGAGAAAGAAGACUCAAUCAUAGAGAUAGACUCAGUGUUUUGCCCACACGGUGUGCGGUUGUUGUCUCUGAGCAGGUAAACAACACGUCUGUGUACGUCUGUUGAAGCGAUUCCUAAUUUCUUCCAUGACGUCACUUCCGAAAAACAACCCUUAUUGCGGCGACAUGUUUAGCUUUUAGGGUUUGAUGUUUAUGGUUCCAGGGUUUUCGUCCUAAUAUAAUAAUAUUAUAGAUAUAUUACCCUAGAUUAUCGAGGGUGAGUUAAUGAGUAUUUGAAUCAAGUCAUGUCACAUAUGGGUCAACACAGCAACGUGUGGAUCUUCUUUAACACAUUUGCACAUGUAAACUGGAAAGUUCUGGGUGGGUUGCGCCUAUGUUGACUUGAGUGAAUUUCAUAUGACAUGAGGUAAAAAAACCAUCUCAUCAAAUUUCACUUCAGCGCGAGAAAUAUUUAGUGGAUAAUGAGACAGCUCUCGUCAAACGAGGCCAUGGUAUUCCUCCUGUGAUAUAAACAUGGAGAUAUUACACACUGGAUUAUAUGCCUUGAGUGAAACUGCACUUUAAUUCUGUCCUAAUCGGGACGGAAGAUUCAUGGUGGUUCUGCCAUAAGGGCAUUUCAGUGGUGUUAUUCACAUACAAUCUAUCUACAUGUAUACACGCACGCACGCACGCACGCACGCACGCACACACACACACAAAACCCAAGAAUUGUGUCGGUUCUGAAUCCAACAGCUUCCCAACUUGUCUCCCUUUAUGUCAGGGGCGGGACGCGCACAUAAAAUAUGUGACUUGUGUUCAUAUUUACGCAUAUUUUUGCGGGUCGCGGGUAACUUUAGUCCCUGUAACCAAAUUUUGCACUAUUCCAUCAAUAGCGAGACAGCGAGAGACACCAAAAUGGGCCCAACACAUACUAACGACUCUUUCUCAGAAGUUGUUUGAUCAAAGUAACAACAGGCCCAAGUUAAGCUUUCAAAGCAUUAUAGGGUAUGCAUGUGGAGGACAAAUCCAAAUUUGACGCAUCAGUUACAAGAAUGAUGCCCGAUGCAAUUCCCUACUUUGACUUGUACCAUAUGUUCCCAUGUUUGUUCUGGUGAACAAUUGGCUUGCCUUUGUAUGUGUUUGUGACU